UCUCAGUGGCAAGCUCAAGCCCAACUUGGGACGCUACGACAACCCACCUGACUGGGAGGAAAUCCUCAAAUACUUCCGUGGAUCUGAGCUGCAGAACUACUUUACCAAGAUCCUCGAAGAUAAUCUCAAGGCCGUCGUCAAGCCCCAAUGGAUAACCUUGACGACAUGAUCGACGAGCUCGAGCUCAGGCACAUCUUUGACCGUGAGGUCAACCUGCUCUCUGGUGGAGAACUUCAGCGUUUCGCCAUUGCCCUUGUCUGCGUGCAGAAGGCCGACGUUUACAUGUUCGACGAGCCUUCCUCUUUCUUGGAUGUCAAGCAACGUCUUGCCGCCGCCCGCAAGAUCCGGAGCUUGCUCCGCCCUGACGACUACGUUAUCUGUGUCGAGCACGAUUUGUCCGUUCUCGACUACCUUUCCGACUUCAUUUGCGUUCUUUACGGAAAGCCCGCCGUUUACGGUGUUGUCACACUCCCAGCAUCCGUCCGUGAAGGCAUCAACAUCUUCCUGGACGGUAACAUCCCGACUGAGAACCUGCGUUUCCGUGAGGAGUCGCUGCAAUUCCGCAUUGGCGAGGCUAGUGACGAGUUCAUGGUCGACCACGCCCACGACUACAGCUACCCGAAGAUGUCCAGGACACAGGGUAACUUCAAGCUGGACAUCGAGACUGGACAGUUCAACGACUCCGAGAUCAUCGUCAUGAUGGGUGAGAACGGUACUGGAAAGACUACCUUCUGUAAGAUGCUUGCUGGUGCCCUGCAGCCAGACGGCACAACCAAGGUCCCCAAGAUGAGCAUCUCCAUGAAGCCUCAGACCAUCACACCCAAGUUCCAGGGCACCGUCCGCCAGUUGUUCUUCAAGAAGAUCAAGGCUGCUUUCCUGAGCCCUCAGUUCCAGACUGAUGUCUACAAGCCGCUGAAGAUGGACGACUUCAUUGACCAGGAAGUCCAGAACCUGUCUGGUGGUGAAUUGCAGCGUGUCGCUAUUGUCCUUGCUCUGGGUCUUCCCGCCGAUAUCUACCUGAUUGACGAGCCCAGUGCUUACCUCGACUCCGAGCAGCGUAUCAUCGCUGCUCGUGUCAUCAAGCGAUUCAUCAUGCACGCCAAGAAGACCGCUUUCGUUGUCGAGCACGAUUUCGUCAUGGCCACCUACCUUGCCGAUCGUGUUAUUGUCUUCGACGGUCAGCCUGCCGUUCACGCCCGCGCUCGCGCACCUGAGUCUCUCCUCUCUGGUUGCAACUCUUUCUUGAAGAACCUGGACGUCACUUUCCGUCGUGACCCCAACUCUUACCGCCCGCGUAUCAACAAGUACAACUCUCAGCUCGACCAGGAGCAGAAGUUGAGUGGAAACUACUUCUUCUUGGAAGAUGAUGCUUGAAGUUGUUCAUGACCAAAAGUACGAUGCCCCUCCCCAGCGCCGCCCUAACGGGCAUGCAGCGCUCGGAGGCACCAAAAGGGGAAACAAAAAGCGAGGUCUGAGGGCGCACUCAAGCUCCCUGGAUGAGGACAUUGAGUGUGAUGAGGACGAUGCAGAGGAUGAAAGAUCGUGAUGGCGGUCGACCUCCUGCGCUGUUUG